UGAAAAUAAGACACAAGGCACCUCCCCGAACAGAUUUACAGAACAAUUCAGUUAUUUGCAUCCAGCCGGACACUGUAAGACAACCUCGAAACAAGCAACGGAAUUGGGAGCAAAAUACGUUGACAGUUCCCAAAAGACAGACAUGCUCGGCGAAGGAGAGACUGGCCCCUACCCAAAGGACUCAUCGGAGGAGCAGCACAAAUCUUCAUCUGUCGACGCAGAAAAUGUCCCAAAUGAUAAUCGGUAUACUGAAGGAAUUGGAUCAGAUCGAUAUUAUAUUUGUCCCCCGGCGAAACAGACUGAAGAUGUGGCAAAUUCAUGUUCAUUUAUCCCCUAUACCAGUCAAUCUGGGUCUGUUUACAUUGCGUCCGGUGCCUCAAGGUUUGCAAACUCGCUUCACUUUGGCUCGGGGUUACCUCCCACGGCAUUAUCCUCAACAGUGGACGCCGGGCGUAAUCAAUUUAGUUCAGCUUUCCAAUUUGGUCACAGUCCUGGCUGCAUAUACCCGCCGUACGCGGGCACCGGUUCGGGUAUUGCUCCGAUGUCCUUAUCUACUCCAAGUGCUGGGAUAAGAGCUCAAGUGUACCUCUGCAAUCGUCCUCUCUGGCUCAAGUUUAAUAGACACCAGACCGAGAUGAUAAUUACCAAGCAGGGAAGGCGCAUGUUCCCGUUUCUUAGUUUUAACAUUAAUGGACUAAGCCUCGCUGCACAAUACAACGUAUUUGUUGAAAUUAUUUUGGCUGAUCCGAACCACUGGCGUUUCCAAGGCGGUAAAUGGGUCACCUGUGGAAAGGCAGACAACAAUACGCAAGGGAACAAAAUGUAUGUCCACCCUGAAUCCCCGAACACAGGAGCCCAUUGGAUGAGACAGGAAAUAUCAUUCGGAAAACUAAAACUAACCAACAAUAAGGGUGCCAGUAACAACAGUUCACAGAUGAUUGUCCUCCAGUCUCUGCAUAAGUACCAGCCCAGAUUAUACAUUGUGGAGGUGGUUGAGAAUGGUGUGGAGGACGUGAAUAGUGACCCCAGAACACAGAUCUUCACUUUCCCAGAGAACCAGUUUAUUGCUGUUACUGCCUAUCAGAACACUGACAUCACACAGCUGAAAAUUGACCACAAUCCUUUUGCUAAAGGCUUCAGGGACAACUAUGAUUCGAUGUAUACUGCUGCAGAAAGUGACAGAUUGACACCAUCCCCUACUGACCUGACCCGGUCUCACCAGAUUGUUCCAGGGGCUCGCUAUGCCAUGCAACCUUUCCUCCAGGACCAGUUUGCCAACAACCCCCAGAACCGCUUAUACAACAGUGAACGGGCUGUGCCCCAAACAAGCACCCUCCUUUCCCCCCAGACCGACGAUUCUACCCCACAAAGAUGGUUUGUGGCAUCAAUGCAGCAGGGAGUAGGAACCAACAAACUGGACCUGACCCCUUAUGAGGGAGAUUACUCCAGUCUGCUCCCCUACAGUAUCAAAUCCCUACCCAUACAGACCUCCCAUGCCCUAAGCUACUACCCAGAUCCACCUUUCACCUCCAUGGCAGCGGGCUGGGGCUCCAAGGUUUCCUAUCAGAGAAAAGUGGCCAUGGGCCUGCCCUGGUCACCGAGACACAGCCCCUCGGGGGUUCCUGACGACCAGUUACCUGACAAGGAAAAGGAGGAGAUCACGAGUGGGAUUGGCGGCAACCUUACGUCGGCCUCGACUCAAACACACCACUUGACCCUUGGUCGCGACAGUAAGGCUGAACCUGGAGCAUACCACUCCAUGGCUUGUAACAGAAGGCGUCUGUCUCUAACUGGGGAUAGGACCGAGACUUUACCCACAAUUAAGUGUGAAGACAUGACCAGCAGUAAUUACACCUACAGCAAGGAGAUGUCCUCCCCCAAAAACAUGGCUUACUAUUCAUUUUACACUAGCCCCUAA